UCUCUUCUUAGUAGUAACGAUCACAGAUUCUUCCUCUCCGGCAAUGGCAGACGAGAACGGGAAGCAAACUGAGACGGAGAGCAGGCCGUGGCAUCAAACGGUAACCCUCUUACUCGUAUCACUAAGGUUGGCAAUUCUUGUGGCCACCUCCACGGUUGCAGGGCUCAUGGCAUUCAACAAGGAGACAAAAACAACCACAGUGGUCGUGGUAGGGACCAACCCCAUUCUCCAGUCCUUCACUGCGGCAUUUCAGCAAACACCUGCCUUUGUAUACUUCGUGCUUGCCAAUGCCAUAGCGAGCCUGUAUAACCUACUGGCGAUGCUGCUCCAGCCAUGCUUGAAGAACAUAGGGCGUCAAGUUUUAGUGCAUCUUUUGCAGCUCCGGUCGGGCCCUCUUAAAUUAUGGGCCCAGGGUCGUCGCCCAGUGCCGCCCUCCUCCAAGGCCGGCCCUGCGCAUUGUAGAUUAAAUUUACUAAUGGUAGAUAACUUUAGAACGUUGAUGGUAGAGUGA